UUGCGCGCGUGUGUGGACCAAAUCUCACACGUCUUAUUUUUUACACUGUUAACUCGUUUUGUGGGAUGACAAGUUAACACAUUCAUUUGAAAAAAUUUUGAAUUUCAUAUUCACAUUGACAGAUUUCAUUAUUAACUUCAGUUUCUGUUGGAGUUGAAGUGAUGGGAUCGGUAGUUGACGACUUCAGACAACUAUUAAAAGACUGUGAACUGUUUGUCUUUGAUAUACUUCAGGACGAGGAACUCAGUGAUGCUGCUUCUAAAUCCAGGGAAAUUCUCAUACGAAAUUUUAAUGUCAUCCAGAGAAGACAUCCACAAGAAUUUCCCCACAUUGAAGCCAGUCAUGAGGAUAGUUCGGAUGACAACCGGAGCUCCAGUCUGGGACGUUCUGCUCCCUCGGAUGAUAUGUCUGUGGCCUCCGACUACCAGGAUGAAGGCGCCUCCGAGCUUUUCGAGGACAUCCCUUUGGUGGCUGCACAGGACUUAAGCAACAUCCUAAAGCAAGGUUACCUGGAGAAGAAACGGCGUGAUCAUAGUUUCUUCGGCAUGGAAUGGCAGAAGCGCUGGUGUGUACUGAACAACACCAUAUUUUAUUACUUUGGGAGUGAGAAAGAUAAGCAGCAGAAGGGUUCGUUUAAUAUCAAUGGCUACAGUGCAGAUCUGGUACCCGGCAUACGCAAGGACUCCAGGAAGAAUUCGUGCUUUGAGCUGAGUUCUCCCGGAAGACGUUCAUACCAGUUCACUGCCAGCAGUCCCCGUGAAGCCCGGGAAUGGGUGGACCAGAUCAAUUUUGUUCUAAAAGAUCUGAGCUCUCAUUUCAUCCCCUUUGACGAAGAAGAAGUGGAAGAAGAGGAAGAAACAUAUGAUGAUAUUGAACGAGCCACGACACCACCACCAGCACCUGCAUCAGUUCCAACACCAAGUCGGAGACAACCGCUCCAGGACAAAAACUCCCAUGAGGAAUGGGAGGACCAAGCAGGAGCCCAGGAGGAUGAGGAAGAAGAGGAAGAUGAUAUUUAUGAGGUUCUUCCAGAAGAUGAAAUUGCUGACAUCAUUGAAGAGAGCAGUGCCAAAGAUGCAAUCCCAGAUUAUGCAAAUUAUUACCAAGGUCUGUGGGAUUGUGAAGCAGAGGGACCAGAUGAGUUGGCCUUUCAAAGAGGAGACCUCAUCUACAUCCUCAGCAAGGAAUAUAACAUUCAUGGAUGGUGGGUCGGGGAGCUGGAUGGUGAUAUUGGCAUUGUCCCAAAAGAAUUUUUACAUCCUGCUUAUAUCCUGUGAGGUCCAUAGGAUAAUUGUGUAAUAUAUGGAAUUUCGACAUGUGCAACAUUUAUGUUUUGGAAUAAGUUCUGUGUUUUUUUCUAAAGUAUUUGAGAAGAUAUGAAUUGUAAAUUUAGUUUUAUUACCUAGAAGCAUACAUAAAACAGUAAUACCUGAGAUUAUCUCUUGGUAACUUGGUUAAUGUACACUAACGGGCUUAACAAAAGCCUUCUGUUUUAUAUUAAUAUCAGUUUUAUGAUCUGCUUAAAUAUAAGCAACCUUUAUUCAAUUGAAGCAUGUAUAAAACACCAUUCAAAACAACCCCUUUAAUUCAUUUAGCAGUAGUUUGCUACCAGGUCAUAUUUUAGCAGCUCAAAAUAUUAUAAUUUCAUGCAAUUUAAAGGGUACCAUACUGUCUUAAGAGCCCUCUACUGGUUGUUUUUAGUUAUUUUACAGUAUACCAACGUUCAUGUUUUUGCAAUAAUUUACUUGGGUAUUUCUACACCAAAUUUCCCAUUUGUUAAAUGAACACUGCUUGGUGUGUUUAUAUAUAUAUAUAUAUAUAUAUAUAUAUAUAUAUAUAUAAAUCCACCCAGAGUAACACUGAAUAGGUGUUGAAGUUUAUUAUGUGUCAUGAUUAUGUUUAUAUGAAGAAUGCAAAAAAUGAUCCAGUGUUCAUUUUUUUUACAAUCUGGAUGUGUAUUAUAUGUAUCUAUAUAUAUCUAUAUCUAUAUAAACACACCAAGCUGUGUUCAUUUAACACUGGAGAUUUAGCUGUGAAUGAAUGCUGAGGACAUCACAGUAAAUAUGUAACCUGUCAAACCAUAGUAAAAUUAAAAAGGUUAAUCAAGGCUGCAUAACAAGUGUAUUUUGUCCUGUGUGAAGUUUAACAUGUAUGUAUUCAUUCACAUACUGCAUUGCUACAAAUUGUGGCAAAUUCUUAACAUAAAUGUGAACCUGGAACACAAAACUAAUUUUGAAAUUGAGAUUUACACAUGAUCUGCAAGCUGUAUAAAUAAACUUUUUAGGAUAGACAAUAUUUGGUUGAGAUGCAUCUAUUUGAAAAUCUUGGGGGGGUGCAAAAAAUCAAAAUGAUCUUUACUUUAUAUCUAAUCAUCAAGGCAAAUAAAAAUAUUGAUAAUUUUGACCCAUACAAUAUAUUGUUGUCUAUUGCUACAAAUAUACCUGUGCUACUUAUAAUUGGUUUUGUGGUUCAGGGUCAUAAAUAUUU